AUGAGUUUAUUUAAUUCUCAAGGAAACGAUAAUUCUCUCGCUGAUAAGAUUCCUUCGGAUAAACGUUGUCAUCUUGAAGAUAUGGAAAAUCUUAAAGAUUGCAACAAAAUUGAGAAAACAAUUUACAAUUAUGUUCCUUUGCUCAUCCCUUCAAUUCGCUAUGCCAAUUACUUGAAACGCGUCUUCGAAUAUUUAUUCUACACAUUAUUAUUUGAUAUUACGAUGCCAUUCGUUAAACCUCUUAAUUUCUUCGUCUUAUAUGUUCUUUUUCCGUUUGGUGCACUUAUUUUAAUCGUUCUCGAUAUUAUCCUUCGCGCCGUCUCCUACUUAAGUAUUGAUACAUCGGUAAAACCGGUGAGGGAUUGGGGUGAUUUAUCGGAAAAUAAAUAUGAUGAUAUCGUGCAAAGAGGAACUUUUGGAUUGGGACAACCUUUUGAAAGUUACGCGGAUGAACAUGAUGGUGACUUCAAAACCUUCAAACAGAUUCGAAAUUUUAACAUUGAUAUGGUGGAAACGCUUUUAUUCUUGGCUACCACUGUAUAUGAAAGAAAGGAGGAAAAGGUAACCAAUGCGAUUAAUAAAAUCCAAGAAAUUCAAAAUAAAGGCGCACAAGUGAGAACAAAAGAUAUUGAAUAUAUUAAAGGUCAACUUCAGGAAGCCGAAAAAACCAUUGUUAAACAAUCAAACGAUUGGGGAUUAGGAUUCUCUUCCAUAUCUGAAUUAAAUUCUCUCGGUGGACCUUACGCUGGAAUGUUUUGGAAUAGAGAAGCAAAUUUUAUCGUGGUGGCCUUCAAGGGGACCACAGCAGCUUAUUUUAGCGAAUGGUUAAUUGAUUUUUUGGUACAAAAAAUUGACGCCAGAGCUUAUCUUUAUGGAAAUGUUCAUGAAGGUUUUUACACUUCCUUAUUCCCUAAAAACGAUAAAGAGUCAUCAGAACUUUAUAGAAGAAGUCCAUCAAUGAGAUUAAUCGAAGCUAUACGCAGUAAAGUUGCAGAUAUUACAAAAUAUAAUCGCAUUGUAAAACAAGAUAAUCCAGUUUCAUUAUGGAUUACCGGUCAUUCUUUGGGUGGAGGUCUGGCUACACUCUUUUAUACUCGAUUGUUGAAAUCACCAGAAAUUUUAGGUGAAAAUUGUAUUCUUCGCGAUGGAAUCGCUUUCGCUGCACCAAUUGUUGGUGAUGACGAUUUCGCAUUGUCCUUUUCUUCCCGAUCCAACGAACCAUUUGAAACAUCUACAACUUUAUGGAGAGUUAUAGCAGGAAGUGACAUCGUUCCUCAUGUUGCACCUGCUAAGAAUAACCCUAAAAUCCAACGUUAUUUAACAAAUGUCGAAGCCAUCAAUUAUGUUCAUAUUGGAGAAGAAAUUACGUUCAAUUUUGACGGUUCAAAACCAACAUCGACAAGGCCCAUCUUGGGAACAAAAGAUUACUUUAUUUUUGAUAAAAUGACAACUUGGAACGAUAUGAAAUUCGCUUUUAAAGGAAGUCAUAAUAUUAAGCAACCGGUUAAAGUUAAUGAGAAUAAAGCUUUAUAUCCUUUUGAAAACCUUUACCCACUUCCUAUUCGAAAUCAUUUACCACAUCGUUAUUUUAUAGCUUUGGAAAAGGCUAGACAUUAUUUUGAAGAAUCGGAAGAAUUUAAACUUAAACAUUGA